AUGGGAGCUCAUGCUUCCGGUAACGAUGAUGGGAAACCGGACGCGGACAGCUAUCCACCAACUUACUUCGCCCUCGCCGAUCAUGCCGGUGUUAUGUUUGCCCAUAUCGCCCUGAUGGCGGUUGCUUGGGUGUUCUUGCUCCCUGUUGCUGUCAUGCUGUCCUUGGCACGAUCCCGGCACACGCUCGCGCUGCAAUUCGUUUUUCUAGCCGUCAACGCCCUGGGUGUUCUCCUUAGCGUUGUCUACAACGCGAAGACUCCUGAUUUGUACCCGAGCAAUGCGCACCACAAGGUCGGAUGGGUCGCGACCUGGGUCAUCACGGCCCAGAUUCUCGUGGGCCUGCUCGGGCGCGUCGCCGGGCGUUGGCGGAGAGACCCGGUCGCCGGCGGCUUUGGCAAUGCUGCCGAGCACCAUGCCUUUAUUCCGGUCUCCGCCGCGUCUGUGGAAGAGCAGCGCCGACUUGACGAAAUGCGCUUUUCGUCCCCCUACCGUCAGUCAAACGACAGCGGCCAGGGCACCGAGCCGAAUACCGAGUCACUCCGCAGCGACUCGGCAUCCGGUCGGACCUCGCCAAGAUUCUCGGAUGCUCGGAAGGAAUAUGUCGACGUGGAAGACGUGGGAGAUGGCUUCCCCAUGCCGAUGCCUUCCGGGAACGGCGGCCCUUCCAUCCUCGGAAGGGUGUCUAGUCUGCUCUCAUCCCGCGUCUGGAGAGGGCUGAUGUUCGCGUAUGACAUUUUGGAUAGAAUUAUCCUCCUUUUGGGUUUCAUCGCCUUCUGUCUUGGGAUCAUUACCUAUGGCCGCUUAUUUGAGGGUCAUGGUGUCUUCAGUGGCUUGGCUCAUUGGAUAAAAGGAGGCGUAUUUUUCUGGUUCGGCAUCCUCACUCUUGGACGCUGGAGCGGAAGCUUUGGCGAGUUGGGAUGGGCAUGGAAUGUUCGCCCGAACCAAGCGAAGCGCAAGUGGCGGCCGUCGGCAGAGUUUAUCGAGAGUUUCUCCAUCUUCUUCUAUGGUGCGACCAACGUCAUGUUGGAACACCUGGGUAACUGGGGUGGUGAAUGGGGAUCACGGGACCUUGACCAUCUCUCCAUCCCGAUCCUGUUCAUUGGAGGUGGACUGCUUGGCAUGCUCGUUGAGUCGACCCGCGUGCGAGACCUCCUUCACACCACGGUUUCCGAAGCGGCGCUCACUGCACCCAAGCCCCCCUACGACCAAGAAGAGGGCCACGACAGCUCUCUACAGCCUCCAAAGCAGUACGGAUUCUCAACUAACCCGAUCCCCGCACUCGUCAUCUUGCUUCUGGGCUUCAUGAUGAGCGCGCAUGAGCAGGGUUCCAUGGUUUCGAGCAUGCUUCACACGCAAUGGGGCGAGUUGGUCGCCGGCGCGGCAGUCGCCCGCGGGCUCACUUACUUCCUCCUCUAUCUCAAGCCUCCGCAGUCCGUCCUUCCGUCGAGGCCGCCCACGGAGUUGCUAACGUCGUUUGGUCUCAUUGCUGGAAGUAUCAUUCUCAUGGCCAGUAGCAGCGAUACCGUUGAGGGCAUGAUCCACUACAACCUUAACGGCAUGUUCAUGUAUAACUUCACCAUGGGAUUCGUCGGUGUGUUGAUGGCUUGGGUAAUCAUAGUAUUGGCCAUCAAGGGGUGGGCAGUUCGUAAGGAGACUCGGGGGCGAUUCAAUAUGUCCCACUGA